AUGGCCCUUUUGGUCAGCCGCGCAUGCAAGGGCUGCAAUCAGCUCAAAGUUCGUUGCCAGCCAGGCCCCUCCGACUCGUCGUCCUGUGCACGCUGUCUGCAGGCCGGCCGCCCCUGCGUGCCGGGCGACAAGCGGCGGAGGCCACGUGACCGGAUUGCAGAGCUCGAGGCGCAGGUGGCCGCGCUGAGUCGGCAGCUGCAGAAGCAACAGCUGGGCGACGCCCCGGUCACCACCAUCAACACCAACACCAGUCCCGCGGCUCGCAAUGUCUACUCGUUCAGCAGCGACCUGCCCACCGGCGAGGCGGCCGUGGCCUUUCUGGAUGCGCGGGUGCCCCGGGCCGCCCAGCAGCAGGCGCUGGACCUGUACGUGAAGCGUCUCUGGCCUCUGGUUCCAUGCUUUUCGUUUUCGUCGUUUUCCUCGCCAGCGGAUAGUCCCCUCGACGCGAUGCGCCGCAGCAAGCCCGUCUUGUUCUUUUCGAUUGUCACAUUCACCGCCCCGGUGUCGCUCGUCCCGCCCGCCGUCCGCAGCGAGCUUUUGCGGGAGGCCAUGUGCAUGUUUGCCGUCGAGCUCAUCUCGAAGCCCAACCGCCGCCUCGACACGGUCUGGUCGCUGCUGGUGGCCUGCUUUUUCUUCCGCGCCCAGAACGGCAGCGCCCACGUCACUGUGCACCAGCUCACGCAAAUGGCGACCAACAUGGCGAUUGACCUGGGUCUCGGCGGCGCGCAGGUGCCCGCGGCGCCCGGCGUGACCCUCUCGUCGACACCCGUCUCGUCCACGACGCCAAGGUCCGUCCCCGAGCUCGAGGCCAUCGAAUACUGCGCUUCGCCAUCCGUACCCGAGGCAGACGCGUCUGCCUCGUCGUCGUCGUCGUCGUCGUCGCCGGCCGCGCCGUACUGUACCGUGGCCGCCCGAGCCGAUGCGCAAUGUGCCUGGCUGGCCUGUUUUGUGUCGGCGUCCAACGUGGCCAUUGGCGUCCGCCGGCCCGACGCCAACGCCCAAUGGACGGCACACCACCAGACGUGUCUCGAUGAGCUCGCACGCACGUUUGACGCGCUGCCUGCGGGCGCCGCACGCGACAACCUGUUUCUGCACAUGGUCCGUGGCGAACGGCUCUGCCAACAGAUUGCCGCGGCCGUCCAGCUAUGCGAGCCCGCGGCCGCGUGGGACGUCGCGGCGCCCGACCAUGCCCUCGUCAUGGCCGACCUGCAGACGGCCAUCGACAACUGGACCGCCGAGACGACGACGGCGCUGGUGCACGCCCCGCCCGGCUGCCGCCGGAGUCACAAGGCGCUGCUGUUCUUCCGCUAUGCGGCCGUCAUCUACCUCCACGAGUCGGUGCUGCACACGCCCACCAACAAGCUCUCCUUUGGCGCGCCCUACCGGCAGGCCAAGCUGGCCAGCGACGACAUUGCCCAUCCGCCCGUCACAGGCAAGCACGUCGCGUCGCUGUACGCCUUGAAAGAUGCCUGUCUCGCCCUGUUGGACCUAGCGUGCAGCGACGUGGACGACGACGACAGUGAGGAGGCCGAGGAGGCCGACGUCACAACGUCCAACGACAGUGCGGGCGCCAACACAAUCACCGCCUUCUUGGCCGACGCCCCCAUUUCCUUCAUCGCCAAGGUGUUCCACGCCUUCUUCGUCCUCGCCAAGCUCCACAUCGCCGUCACCGCCCCCGGCCACACCUUUGGCGCCGUCCUCCGCCCGGCUGAACUGCGCGUGGCGCCCUGCGCGGGCCGUCUGGCCGCCCUGGCCGACUGCGUGAGGCGCCGCAACCCGGACUCGUUCAAUCACCGCAUCCUGGCCUGCGCCGCGGGCGCCGGCGAUUGGUGUGUCGAGUAUGAGGCGGCGCGGACGGGCACCACGAAAACAACCGUAGAGACGCCGCCAGACGAAGAGCAGCCGGCCACCACGGCCGCGGCGGCCACAACGGCCACCACGGCCAACCUGGACUUUGUCAGCGACGCUCCUUUCUUUGCAGCUGGGGAUGCACUCAACCUGUCGAUGCUGGACGCCGCCGCCGACACAGCCAACAACGAUGGCAUGGCCGCAUUACUGUCCGCCUACGGGCCGAGCAGCAGCAUGCUCGACAACGGCGUCGGCUUUGGCGUGGACGAUGCCCAGUGGCAGAUGCUAGAUCGUUAUUUCGGCAGUUACGGCGCGUAA